ACUCUGGUUACACUGUAACCGGUUUCUCGAUUGAGCGAGAAAUGCAUCCAUGAUUUAUCGAUGCGUUUCUAAGUGAAUUUUGAUCGGUCUGUGGUGGAUUAGAAUGGCGGGGCAAAACGUGGAUCUAUUCGAUUUAUAUUUCAGGAGAGCGGAUUUGGAUCAGGACGGGAGGAUAAGCGGAGCUGAAGCCGUUUCCUUCUUUCAAGGUUCAAAUUUGCCGAAAGUUGUCCUUGCCCAGAUAUGGAUGUUUGCCGAUCAGAACCGGACUGGUUACCUUGGCAGGGCCGAAUUCUAUAACGCUCUUAAAUUGGUAACUGUAGCACAAAGUAAGCGAGAACUAACCCCAGAUAUUGUCAAGGCAGCAUUAUAUGGUCCAGCUGCAGCCAGAAUCCCUGCACCCCAAAUAAAUCUUCCUGCCACACCUCCUUCUCAGCCUAGCCCUAUCGCUGCAGCUCCUGCCCCUCAUAUGGGUGCACUUGCACCUACUGCAUCUCAGAACCCUGGCUUUAGAGGGCCGCAGGUAUACCAAAAUGCUAAUAUGAAUCCACAGUUUCGCCCUUCACAGGACAAUCAAUUCAUGAGCCCUCCUCAAUCCAUGCCUGCUGGUGUUGCUUCGCUUCCAUCACGGGGCACUCCUGCUCAAGCGCUUCCUAGGGGAGCUUCUGUGGUAGGUCCACGCCCACUGAACUCGAAUAUCUCAACCGAUUGGCUUGGUGGAAGGACUGGUGGAUCUUCAAUGGGAGCAACGUCACAGAUCCCUAAUAGAGCAACCUCUCCCACUGCAGUUCAGGAUGGGUUUGGUUUGGGAUCUUUGGGCCUAACAUCUUCAAUACCACCUAGACCGCAGACAUCUUCUGGGAUCACAUCUUCAGUCACAUCCAAGCCGCAAGAUCAGGUCUUAUCGUCACUCCAAUCGACAGCUAAGGAUUCUAAAGCAUUAGUUGUUUCUGGGAAUGGAUUUGCUGCUGACUCAAUUUUUGGAGGAGAUGUGUUUUCGGCAACUGCUUCUCAACCAAAACAAGAUGCUGCAACACCUUCAUUUUCUGCAAACAGUGCAGCUUUCUCAUCUGCUAUGGUUCCAGUAUCUUCUGGGCCACAGCCUUCAGUUAAGCUGGAUCCAUUGGAUUCCUUCAGCUCAUUACCAACUCAAUCUGUGGGUGGUCAGCUUCAACGAGUACAAUCACUGGUCAAACCAAAUCUACAGGUUUCAGACCAGAGUGCUACUGCAUUUACUACAUCUGGAAUUUCAGUUAGACCUGCGAAUUCUGCUCCAUCCCAGUCACAGCCUCCAUGGCCUAAGAUGACUCAGUCUGAUAUUCAGAAGUAUACAAAAGUGUUUGUUGAGGUAGAUACAGAUAGGGAUGGUAAAAUCACUGGGGAACAAGCUCGCAACCUUUUCUUGAGUUGGAGAUUGCCUAGAGAGGUGUUAAAGCAAGUGUGGGACUUAUCAGAUCAGGAUAAUGAUAGCAUGCUAUCACUGAGAGAGUUUUGUACUGCUCUCUAUCUGAUGGAACGGUAUAGAGAAGGCCGUCCUCUUCCAGCUGUGCUUCCAAACAGUGUCAUGUAUGAUGAGACACUUCUGCGCAUCACAGGACCUGCUGCUGCAUAUGGAAAUGCAUCAUGGAGACCUGCUUCUGGUUUGCAACAACAUCCUGGAAUGCCUGGUGCAAGGCUGGUAUCACCUGCAGCUGGUGUGAGACCACCAGUGCAGGUUCCUGUCUCUCCUAAAGCUGACAGAGUGAUGCAGCCCAAUCAACAGAAGUCAAGAGUGCCGGUGUUGGAGAAGCACCUUGUAAACCAACUUAGUAAAGAGGAACAGGAUUCAUUAAACUCAAAGUUCCAGGAGGCAACAGAAGUGGAUAAAAAGGUGGAGGAAUUGGAGAAGGAGAUAUUGGAUUAUAAAGGGAAGACUGAAUUCUACCGCAAUAAGAUGCAGGAACUCGUGAGUAGCUUUGAUUUCCAAAUUUCUGUUUCUUUUGGUGGUUAUGUUUUUCUUGAUACAUGGGCUUGUGCUAUAUUUGAGUUAUUGAAGACUUAUACAUUCUCAUUCAGUGACAUGCUUCUCCCAGUUUAUUUGGGGUUUAAAUUUGUAGUAUUUAUUUUUCCCCUUCAUUGGAGUGCUGGACUAUGGAAACAAACUUUCAUUGUCAUGGGAUUUAUUUAUCUUCUGAUUGCUGAAUUAAUUAUUCACUAUGUGGAACAUUUGGCGCUUGGGCUAGCAUACAAUAGAUUGGGAAGUUCUUAGUCAUUGAGUAAUUUU